AUGGGGCAGGCGCAGUCGGGGGGGCCCCGAGAGGGUCUGGCAGCAGAAGAGGCGAGCUUUGUGCUGCGCCUUGCACAAGAGACGCUCCAGGCUGGGAGUCAGGAUGCUGCAGCAACAGCAGCAGCAACAGCAGCAGCAACAGCAGCACCAACGGCAGCAGCAACGGCAGCUGCAACACCGGCAGCAACGCCAGCAGCAGCAACCGCGCCUCUAACGGGAGACACAGCAGCAGCAGCAGCAGCAAGGCUUUUAGAGACCUCCCUUUUAACUAUUCAAGCAGCAGCACCUGCAGCAGCAGCUGAGGGCGGCGCGGCAGCAGCAGAGGCAGCAGCACAGCCCAGUGCUGCUCCUUCGGGCGAAGCAGCAGCGCCGGCAGCCCCAGCUGCCACAACAGCUGCAGCAGCAGUACCAGCAGCAGCAGCAGCAGCAGCACCAACUGCAGCACCAGGAGAAACCGCAGCCGCAGAUAAAAAGGGAGACCAGGUAGAGGAAAUACACCGAGAGCUUAUCUGCUGCGUCUGCUGCGACUUGCUGCAGAAGCCCGUUUUGCUGCAGUGCGGCCACUUGUUUUGCUUCUGGUGCGCGUACCGGUCGAUGAACAUCUACGACAUUUCUUUUUGUCCUUUAUGUCGAUCUGCUUUUUCUUCUUUGCCUCCGGUGUGUCGGCCGGUGCACCUGUACGUACACCUCAAGUACCCAGCAGCAGCAGCAAGAAGAGACCAGGAAGUGGCAGAAUUUGAAAAAGAUAAAUCUUUUAAAAGUCCUCCCCACUUUCUGAUAGCCCGGGGCCCCCCAGGUGCUGCCACGGACUCGCUGCCCCUCAGCAGCAAAACUUUGCUGCUGCUGCUGCACAGAGAGGCCCCCCAGCUGCUGCCGCUGCACCUCACAGUUGACGUUCGCGUUGCUGCUGCAGCAGCAAAGGCGGACGAGCUCUGGGCGCGCGCGCAGCAGGGGCCCCCCCGCCCCCCGGCCCCAGCAGCAGCAGCAGCAGCAGCAGCAGCAGCAGCAGCAGCAUGGGAGGACGAAGAAGUGCCCAGCGACACCGAUGAGGGGCCCCUCAACGUGGGCCCCGUCUGGAGAAGGGGGCCCCCCCCCCCGGCCCUCAGCAGAAACAGAGGAGAUAAUCCUGCGGAAGAAAUGGAAACAGAUGAAGAGGUUUUGCCGGACUUCAGCAGAGACCCCGAGCCCGUGGCUGCGCCGCUGCCGCUGCUGCAGGGGCCCAGCAGCAGGCACCGCCUGCUGCUGCAGCCGCAGCAGCAGCAGCAGCAGCAGCCGCAGCAGCAGCAGCAGCCGCCGCAGCAGCAGCAGCAGCAGCCGCAGGCAGCCCCGGACGCUGCCGUGGACGCGGCUAGGGGAGCCUCCGAAGAGGCGCAGACGGCCAGCGAGAGGGCUGCUGCUGCUGCUGCUGCUGCUGUUGUUGCUGCUGCUGCUGUUCCCGUUCCCCGAGACAGCCGAGAACCCUCAAGCGCUCUUGAUGACCCAGAAGAGGUACUUCUGCAUGCAUGCACUCCGGGUGUAGCUACACCACACUGCCCCACAGCCCCUGCCCCCCCCCCUGUGGGGUCCCUGUGGGGCCCCUCUGGAGGGCGCGCUGCUGCGGCCGUGGCUGCUGGAGCCCGAGGUGUUCGUACACUACGGAGUGAUUUGCCACAUUUGCGGCCAGCUGCCGAUUGUGGGGCCGCGCUUCAAGUGUCUGGACUGCUGGGCAGCAGCAGCAGCAAACUUCGACUUGUGCGGCAAGUGCAGGGCCACUGCAGCAGCAAAGCCCCCGCGCUUCCACUCCCACCACGCGUGAGCCGCCCCUCCUGCUGCUGCUGCAGCGGCGGCUGCUGCUGCUGCUGUUCUCCCUGGGGCUGCUCUUGCUGCUGCUGCUGCUCUUGCUGCUGCUGCGGCUGCUGUGCUGCUGCUCUUGCUGCUGCUGCAGCUGUCGUCGCCGCCGCGACAAGUGCCGUUGCAGCUGUCGUUUCUGCUGUUGCUGUUGCUGCUGCUGCUGCUGCUGCUACUGAAUCUGCUGCCCUGCGGUCGCGUUCAUGUGCUGCGCUGCUGCAGCGGCAGCCACCGGCUGCUGCUGGUGGAGCCUUCGCGGGCGGACUGGUGGGUGCAGAGCCUGAACAAGAUGAAGCGCAUGCACCCUGA